AGAAGUGAGUGAGACCGUGGCAGUUUCACAGAACGGAGGAGAGAGAUUUUACAGAGAGGAGAGAGAAUUGGGGAGACCCAGACAAAGGAGAAGAGGGGAGAGGUAGAUGCUGGACCUGACGGGAGGGGUUACAGGAGAGUUAGAACGAGAGAAAUAGAGGGUGGGAGUAAGGAAGGAAAAAGUGAGUGCUCGGAAGCUACUGAAGGAGGAAAAAAAAAAGGAGGUGGAAAAGAGGAGGUUUGAGCAUUUACCUCCUCCCAAACAGGGGCAGAGAGGCCGGGCUGCAGAUAAACUCAUGCUGGGGGAGUGAUGGACAAGGAACGAAUUUCAGCAUUAAAACGGUCCUUUGAGGUUGAGGAGGUUGACCAAUCUCCGAACCCCUCUGUUCAAUCUCGUAGAACCCCAAACCCACUCCUGAGGGGCUCUGCAUCUUCUGCACAGAAAUUUCAGGAGCCCAUCCCAAGGAAUGCAGAAAGUCUGAGACAUGCAGAUGUCGGAAACCAGCGAUCACCAAAAUCCUCACUAAGACGGAUAGAGCUGGCCGGACCCCGACACCCUGAAGCCAUGUCAAGACGGACAGAAAUCUCAAUAGACAUCUCAUCCAAACAGGUGGAGAACUCUGCCCCUGGAUUGUCCAGAUUUGGUUUGAAGAGGGCUGAGCUGGCAGGCCAUAAACCUCCUGAACCUACACCAAGGAGGGCUGAAAUCACAUUGGGUAAACCUCAUGAGCUAAGAGGAGAUUCGCCAAACUCGAAAAUUCCUGAGCUGCAGCAGAGAAAAGCAGAAGAUCCCAUUCCUAAGCGGAUGGAAAUCCAGGUGCCCAAAUCCCCAGAGGUUCCACCAGUAAAACAGGUGGAGAACUCCAUUCCACCCUCGACCAUGCUUCACCAUCAACAGGAACCUAAACCACAGCCUGUUCAAGUGGAGAUUCAACAGAAAACUACAGAUGUUAACGAGGACCCUCACCCAUACGGAGUCACCAUGACAGACGCCAUUAGAGAUGCCGCGAUGAAGCAGGCCCUCCCUGGAAGGGGAGUGGUAGAGAAGCCGGCUGCAGAUUUUGGAUAUGUUGGAAUAGAUGCCAUCUUGGAACAAAUGAGGAAAAAGGCAAUGAAGCAGGGGUUUGAGUUAAAUAUCAUGGUGGUAGGUCAAAGCGGGCUUGGAAAAUCAACAUUAAUAAACACUCUCUUCAAAUCCAAAGUGAGCAGGAAAUCUGUGCAGCCAGCAGCCGAGGAACGGAUCCCCAAAACUAUAGAGAUCAAAAGCGUCACACAUGAAAUAGAAGAGAAAGGAGUGCGUAUGAAACUGACUGUUAUUGACACUCCUGGCUUUGGAGACCAUAUAAACAAUGAGAACUGCUGGCUGCCCAUCAUGAAGUUUAUUAACGAUCAAUACGAGAAAUACCUACAGGAAGAGGUAAACAUCAACCGCAAAAAACGAAUUCCGGACAGCAGAGUUCACUGUUGUAUAUACUUUAUCCCAGCAACAGGACACUCACUCCGGCCCUUGGAUAUUGAGUUCAUGAGACGUUUGAGCAAAGUCGUGAAUAUUGUACCAGUCAUUGCCAAAGCGGACACUUUAACUCUAGAGGAAAGAGAUUACUUCAAACAGAGGAUUCGAGCCGAUCUGCAGAACAAUGGAAUAGACAUCUACCCUCAGAAGGAGUUUGAUGAGGAUACAGAGGACAGGCUGGUAAACGAGAAGAUUAGGGAAAUGAUUCCAUUUGCUGUGGUGGGCAGUGACCAAGAAUACCAGAUUAAUGGCAGACGGAUACUGGGCCGGAAGACCAAAUGGGGAACCAUAGAAGUGGAAAACAUUGGCCACUGUGAAUUUGCCUGCCUGCGGGAUUUGCUUAUCAGGACACACAUGCAGAAUAUAAAAGAUAUCACCAGCAGUAUUCACUUUGAAGCAUACCGCGUCAAAAGGCUUCAGGAGGGCAACGUGCUUUCCAAUGGGACGGCAGAAAAAGACUACUCUUCCAAUGAAAUGUAGCCCCCCUGCCUGUGGCAUCCACAUUAUCAUCACCCUGUCUUUCUGUUAAUGUGUCUGUCUUCUGCUCCCCGUGUCAUGUUGCUGGAGGGGAGGGGAGUCUGAGAGAAGGGCGAGGAAGGACAGACUGUGAAUAUUUUGGGGAUUCUCUUGUUCUGUCUGGUGUCGAGCUAAAUUGUGCCAUAAUGGGCAGAGGUGGUGACGCUGUUAAGGAGGGAGAGUUUGUGGAAACAUGGACUGCCAAAAUGUAUCCUUUCAUUCUGCCCUGAAUUUAGCUUAUAGGUAGGCUGAUUUUCUGGCUUAUGGCCCUCUACUCCUCUGAAGUGGUUGAUUAUUUUUUUAUUGAAUUUUUUUGUUUGUUUGUUUUUACCCCAUUAGCCACCACUUAUGAAAAUGUGUAGAAUUGUCAAAAACCUAUAAAGGUUCUUUAGCCCUACUAGUAAGUUUGCAAUGCAUGCAGUGCCUUCUCUCCUCCACUUCCUGUAUAAUAUAGGACUCUCCAAUGUGCUGAGGCUCGAACGUGCAGUUGUAUGAAAGUGACCACAUUACAGGGUGUCCCGGAUAAAUGUAAGGGACAGGUUGACGUGGAGGUAUGAAAUCUUCCAUUAAAAUAUGCCAACCUCUUAAAUUCUGAUGGUUCUAGAUAAGGAAAGUGAGUAUAGAUUUACGUCCCAGCUUUAUUUUGCAGGUUAUAAAUUGUAUUUAUUAUGGUUACGAGUAUUGAUGGGGGCAGAGGGACACUGGAUGGUGAAUGGGGGUGACUAUAGGGGUAAGAAGGUAGACCUGGCCAUUGUUAGGUGCAGAGGGUGUUGGAUGUUCUUGGGUGAUUUUCUACUUAUUUCGUCCCACCAUUAUUGUUCUGUAUUUUGCUUUAACGUUCUGCUAUCUGUCAUUAUCGUCACCCUACAUACGAGUUUCUGUACCAUUCCAACACUCUUUGCUACCCGCCAUAUACAUUUCAAGCCUCCCGUCUUCAUAAGUGUUAAUGGCUUGUUUGCUUUAAAUGUUUGUCGGAGGUGAGGGUAUUGUACCACCUUUUGCGGAAAUUAUGCCUUUAACUCCUCUCCAAAAGGAAACAAUUUAACGUCUAUUGUGUAUUUAAUUUUUUUUUUUUUUAUAAAGCAAACCUGUCGCUUUGUCAUAUUGUGAAUUGUCCCUGUUUUAAACCCUUUUGUUCAUCUUUCAGAACAUCCUUCCAUUUGCUAAGCUGCGUUCAGACAAAAUAAAAUGUAAAAAAUUAACAAAAAAAAAACUCAUUUACUGGUCGAGUUGCUAUAUUUUAGCAAAUAAAAAAAAAAUAUAUAUUAACUGAAAGAUAUAUUAUUUCCGACGCUAAGGAUUAAGGUAUGAAAAGGCAGGACGCUAAAUGCACUUGAAAAGAUGUCACCUGUCUGUGAUGUUAUUGUACUGUCCUUUGUUAAAAGGAAAAUUAAAUGUUUUUCCCCCUUUGUAA